GGGCUCGCCGCCGCCGCCGAGACCUGCCGCCUGCCGCGCCGCGCCGGUGCCGGAGCGGGAAGCCCAGGCUGCGCGCGUCCAACCGCGGCGCGCGGAGCGCCCGGGGGCGGGGGCCGGCUGGCGGGCAGCGGCUGCGGGGAGCCGGGCAGCAUGCCCGUGCAGCCCCGCUGAAUGGCGCCUUCUCUGCGACCCCUCGCGCGGCCGCGGCCACCGGGGAUGCUGCUCCGCGCGCCUCUGUUCCUGCUGCUCGUCGGCUGCGUUCCAGGAGUGUGGUGCUUUAGUGAACUGUUUUUUAUGAACGAACCACAGGAUGUAACUGUCACGAGAAAGGACCCAGUCGUUUUAGAUUGCCAGGCUCACGGAGAAGUUCCUACUAAGGUCACAUGGCUGAAAAAUGGAGCAAAAGUGUCUGAAAAUAAACGGAUCCAGGUUCUGUCCAACGGCUCUUUAUACAUCAGUGAGGUGGAAGGCAAGCGAGGAGAGCAAUCUGAUGAAGGAUUUUAUCAAUGCUUGGCGAUGAACAAAUAUGGAGCCAUUCUUAGUCAAAAAGCUCAUCUUACCUUAUCAACUAUUUCUGCAUUUGAAGUUCAGCCACUUUCUACUGAGGUCCAAGAAGGUGGAGUUGCUAGGUUUGCAUGCAAGAUUUCAUCCAGCCCUCCUGCAGUCAUAACAUGGGAAUUAAAUCGGACAACUGUACCUAUAACUAUGGACAGGAUAACUGCCCUACCAACAGGAGUAUUGCAGAUCUAUGAUGUUGGCCAGAAGGAUGCUGGAAAUUAUCGUUGUGUGGCUGCUACUAUAGCCCAUAGACGUAAAAGUAUGGAGGCCUCUCUAACAGUGAUUCCAGCAAAGGAGUCUAAAUCCUUCCACAUACCAACCAUUAUAGCAGGUCCACAGAACAUAACAACAUCUCUUCACCAGACUGUUGUUUUGGAAUGUGUGGCCAUAGGAAAUCCCAAACCAAUCAUUUCUUGGAGCCGUCUGGAUCACAAGUCCAUUGAUGUCUUUAAUACACGGGUACUUGGAAAUGGUAAUCUCAUGAUAUCUGAUGUCAAGCUGCAACAUGCUGGAGUAUAUGUUUGUCGGGCCACUACCCCGGGCACACGUAACUUUACAGUUGCCAUGGCAACUUUAACUGUAUUAGCUCCUCCUUCAUUUGUUGAAUGGCCAGAAAGUUUAACAAGGCCUCGAGCUGGCACUGCUCGAUUUGUGUGUCAGGCAGAAGGAAUCCCCUCACCAAAAAUGUCAUGGUUGAAAAACGGAAGGAAGAUACAUUCAAAUGGUAGAAUUAAAAUGUACAACAGUAAAUUAGUCAUUAACCAGAUUAUUCCUGAAGAUGAUGCUAUUUAUCAGUGCAUGGCUGAGAAUAGCCAAGGAUCUAUUUUAUCUAGAGCCAGACUGACUGUAGUUAUGUCAGAAGACAGACCCAGUGCUCCUUAUAAUGUGCAUGCUGAAACCAUGUCAAGUUCAGCCAUCCUGUUAGCUUGGGAGAGGCCACUUUAUAAUUCAGACAAAGUCAUCGCUUAUUCCGUGCACUACAUGAAAGCAGAAGGUUUAAAUAAUGAAGAGUAUCAAGUAGUCAUCGGAAAUGACACAACUCAUUAUAUUAUUGAUGACUUAGAACCUGCCGGCAAUUAUACUUUCUACAUUGUGGCAUAUAUGCCAAUGGGAGCCAGCCAAAUGUCUGAUCAUGUGACACAGAAUACAUUAGAGGAUGUUCCCCUGAGACCUCCUGAAAUCAGUCUGACAAGUCGAAGUCCCACAGAUAUUCUUAUCUCCUGGUUGCCAAUUCCAGCCAAGUUUCGGAGGGGCCAGGUGGUGCUCUAUCGCCUGUCUUUCCGCCUGAGUACUGAGAAUUCCAUCCAAGUUCUGGAGCUUCCAGGAACCACACAUGAGCACCUUUUGGAGGGUCUGAAACCUGACAGUGUCUACCUGGUACGGAUCACUGCUGCCACCAGAGUGGGACUGGGAGAGUCAUCAGUGUGGACUUCUCACAGGACCCCCAAAGCUACAAGCGUGAAAGCACCUAAGUCUCCAGAGUUACAUUUGGAGCCUCUGAACUGUACCACCAUUUCUGUGAAAUGGCAGCAAGAUGCUGAGGACCCAGCAACCAUCCAGGGCUACAAGCUAUACUACAAAGAGGAAGGGCAGCAGGAGAAUGGACCCAUCUUCUUGGAUACUAAUGACCUUCUCUACACUCUUGGUGGCUUAGACCCUAGAAGAAAAUACCAUGUGAGGUUGCUGGCUUACAACAACAUAGAAGAUGGCUAUCAGGCAGACCAAACAGUCAGUACUCCAGGAUGCGUGUCUGUUCGUGACCGCAUGGUUCCUCCUCCACCACCACCCCACCAUCUCUAUGCGAAAGCUAACACCUCAUCUUCCAUCUUCCUGCACUGGAGGAGGCCUGCGUUCACCUCUGCACAAAUAAUUAACUACACCAUCCGCUGUAACCCUGUCGGCCUGCAGAACGCCUCUUUGGUUCUAUACCUUCAAACAUCAGACACUUAUAUGUUGGUUCAAGGUCUAGAACCAAACACCAAAUAUGAAUUUGCUGUUCGAUUGCAUGUGGACCAGCUUUCCAGUCCCUGGAGCCCUGUUGUCUACCGUUCCACACUUCCAGAAGCACCAGCAGGCCCACCUGUGGGAGUAAAAGUGACGCUGAUAGAGGAUGGCACUGCUCUGGUUUCCUGGAAACCCCCCGGUGGCCCAGAGACAGUUGUGACGCGGUAUACUAUCUUGUAUGCAUCCAGGAAAGCCUGGAUUGCAGGAGAGUGGCAGGUCCUACACCGAGAAGGGGCAAUAACCAUGGCGUUGCUAGAAAACCUGGUGGCAGGCAAUGUGUACAUUGUCAAGAUAUCUGCAUCCAAUGAUGUGGGAGAAGGACCCUUUUCAAAUUCUGUGGAGCUGGCAGUGCUUCCAAAGGAAACUUCCGAAUCAAACCAGAGGCCCAAGCGUUUAGAUUCUGCUGAUGCCAAAGUUUAUUCAGGCUAUUACCACCUGGACCAAAAAUCAAUGACCGGCAUUGCCGUAGGCGUCGGCAUAGCCUUGGUCUGCAUCCUCGUCUGUGUUCUCAUCCUGAUAUACCGAAGCAAAGCCAGGAAAUCAUCUGCUUCCAAGACAGCACAGAAUGGAACUCAACAAUUACCUCGUACCAGCACCUCCCUAGCCAGUGGAAAUGAAGUAGGGAAGAAUCUGGAAGGAGCCUUAGAAAAUGAAGAAUCCUUAAUGCCAAUGAUAAUGCCAAACAGCUUCAUUGAUGCGAAGGGAGGAACUGACCUGAUAAUUAAUAGCUAUGGUCCUAUAAUUAAAAACAACUCUAAGAAAAAAUGGCUUUUUUUCCAAGAUUCGAAAAAGAUAAAAGUUGAGCAGCCUCAAAGAAGAUUUACUCAAGCAGUCUGCUUUUACCAGCCAGGCACGACUGUUUUAAUCAGUGAUGAAGACUCCCCAGGCUCCCCGGGUCAGACAGCCAGCUUCCCAAGGCCCUUUGGAGUUGCCGCUGAUACCGAGCACUCAGCAAAUAGUGAAGGCAGCCAUGAGACUGGGGAUUCUGGAAGAUUCUCCCACGAGUCCACUGAUGAGCUACACCUCCCCUCAGUUCUGAGCACCACACCCCUGCCCUCCAGCUGCUUCACGGGCAGUGGUCCAGGUGGGGAUCCCCCGACGGAGGAGUGUGGCGCCGCCGCGGAGCCGCCGGCCGCUGAGCAGGCUUCCUCUCCCCUUCCGCAGCCGCCCUUGGCCAUGCUGUGCUUUGAUAGAAGUGAUUUCCCGAUCUAGGCAGCCAUGUUCAGGUAGUCUCACCUUUAAGUCUGUUCGAAGGACAAUGAACAGGGAGCCAAAGCCUUUUGUGAAAAUCUUGAUGUCUUACUGGGUAUUUCAGCCUUUUUUGAAUGUGUUUUUUAUUUUUAAACACGUAUUUUGAAUGUUCCAUUGUCAGCAAUGUGAAAAACAGUCAAGAUAUUUGACUGGAUUAUAAAAUAUAUCACUGGAGCAAAGGGAAGACUUUGGAAAGCCCCUUUGCUGACGAUCUACCUCAGUUUGCCAGAGGGCAAACUCAGAAGACAACUUUGCCACCUCGUUUGUUUGAUGGUUUAUCCCCGCUGUAUAAGCAAUGACACUUCCUAGUAGCAUUUGUUUUCAUUGCUGCAUGUGUGAUGUGUGUGAUCAAAGGAGUCAUAUGGGUAGGUAAGAAGGUUUAUCUGAAGCUCUGAUUUUUUUUUUAAUUAUGACAUCUGCAGUGUUGGAUAAAUUAACACCUCCGGCUGUGAGGAUUAUGUUAAACCACUGAGAAGAGAAAAAGUGAAACUGUUGAUUUUAUUGAAUGCCCAGUGUCUUUCUUCUGAGAGUAGAACUAGCCAGGAGCAUGUAGGGAAUACCGUUGCUUCAAGGACCUCGAUGUUUGGGGCAUUAGAGUCUGAGUGCUUUAUCUGCUGUACCCCAACCUCAGCCCGCCUAGAGCCGUGCCUUUCCUCCCUUCCCCUUUGCCUGACAGUUGGCCAAAGGCUGCACUGUCUGGUCUGCAAAGCAUCCUCAAAGCUUCCAGAAUUUGUUGCAAUGCUUCAUGCAGAAAACAAAUUUUUAAAGAAAAUGGGUUAGGGUGUUUUUUAAUUUUAAUCCCAGCUGGGCUUAAAGGUCUAAAGAAAUUCCAUGAAGUAUUAAGAAUGAAGAAAAAUGCAACAGUAGACAGUAAAAUGAACUAGAGGUUAUCACGGUGACAGUGCCUUCUAUUGUAUAUUAUGAAAUUCUUUGCCUUAUACCUUUUUAAUAUUCGUGAAGUUCAGAACAGGAGUACAAAAAAUUGCCUUAAAAGUUUCUUGGAUUUUGUCAAUAACUAUUUUGAUGUACAGUAUCUUAUCAAAGCAUGUUGGUUUCUUUCUGUGCAGGUUUUGUUUAGGGAUAAGUAUUCAGAGCUCUACCACCUUGCUUAUAUUUUCUUGAAUUCUUGAGAGAAUUUGGUACUGUUUGUUUAAUAUUCCUUCAGUUUCAAUGCUGUGAACAAGGAAUGUUAACUCCAGGAGUGAGUUAAUCCUCUUGCUGGUUUGAAAUCAGCAAACUGUUUACUCAGUCACAUAGAAGAGGCAUUCUCUUUGUCAUGAGACAGUUAUUUUCCAGGUACCCAGCCCCAGGAGAGGAAAAGGAGUAAAAAAUCACAUGGUAUAGAGAGGGGGCCCCAUCUCCUCUUAAAAGUAUUUUUUCAAAUUAUCUGGAAAUGCCUUGAGCCUCGUUUUAAAAGGAAUCUCAGUGGAUUUCCCCUGGAAACCUUUGGCUUAUAGAGGAGGAUCAUGUUAAAUUGUUCUAAAGUCAAAACUCUUACUAGAUAACAGUCCCACUUCCAUCAUCUCUUUUCCCAAUGUCUGAUGAUACAUUUUUUUAUUGUUUUUUCAUCUGUUAUUUUUGUGCCAAACUGGGCAUGUUCAGAAGCAGACCAACAUUAAAUGCCAGCAACACUUCUGAAUUAAAUACCAAGUCCCUCAUUUAGUUAUCUAAGUUGGGCUUCAUGGCAAAACAAAAAAAGCAGAGCUUUAGAUGAACAAUCUGAGGCAAGGAAAAAUGCUGCCUCCUGCCUUUAUAGCUCCUGUUUUAUACUACCUCCUUUUAAAGUUAUUCUAGUGUUAUUUUUUUUUUCCUGUACUCAGGGAACAUUUUGUUACUUUGGAGCUGCCUCAUGGAAGCAUGGGCAAAUUGACAGGGUAUGGCGUUUGGGGGUUUGUGAGUAGAAGUAUGUGGGGCCAACUUUUAUCAGUAUCUAAAGAAGUACAAUGAGUUCGUUUUACUUUUUAAGCUUUCAUGAAAGGGCAAAAUCUAAAUCUAAGAUCUGAAUCUAAAGUGGAAACAUCAUCCAUCAUGAUUAUGGAAGAUGUGUCCAAGAUGGCAUGAAUUUGCAUUGUUUUGAAAACCUAAAAAGCUGAUCUGAAGUCCUUGAGGAAAGUAUUUUGUUUAAUGAAUAGGCUCAUAGUUAUUGUAGAUCUUUAGGCUAUAACUAUUUGCUAAUUAUUUACCAGUACAUUUUUUUUACUUUUUCACCUUUUCAUUUUGUUCUUAUACAGAUUGUUCAAAUAAUCCUGUUACCAAAGAAUUGUCAGUAGAAAGUGAAAAUUAGACUAUAAUACCCCCUACAAAUUGAAUUAACUAGAAACAUCUAUAGAUAUGAAGCUUAUACAAGUAGUUACUAACCCAAAAUAAUAGGCUUUAUAUUAAUUAUUGUAGUUAAAUAGACUAGUAAUUUUAACUACCUUAUUGUUACCAGAGCAUUUAAAGUAAGUUCUUUACCAGAAGAUAGUUCCAAAGAAUUUCAAGUGUAAUUUUUUUCCUCCAGCAAGUAAAACCUUCAACUAUUUCAGUAUUAGAGUAUUUUUAAAUCAUUGAAACUACUUGUCAGAGAGGGAAAAAAAUAUCUUUUCACCAAAGAUAAAUAUUUUGGUCCCAUUGAAUAAGAUAUCUAGUGUACACCAAAGACUUCUUUUUACUUGGCCAAAGUUAGCUUCCUUGAAGUCUUAAGUAUGAGAUUGUCAUUAAAAUGUGACGCUUUUCAUUCAUCUCUCAUAGUGGUGUUACUUCAUGGUAUUUCACUCCAAAGGGGCUAAUAUGCAAAUGGUAAUUGUUUUCUUUUCCAAAGACUUAUUUGCUGUAAGUACUGAUACCACACAUGCCAUUUUUAUGCCAAAUAUUACAAGAUACUGCUCAUCAGUAUUUUCAUACCAAAGACCAUUAAAAUAUAUAGACUAGCCUGUAAGUAAGUAAAGAUAAGCAGAUUUUAAGUAAAUUUAUUUAGAGGCUGAUAGGAAAUCUAGCUUUAGUAACAAAAGAUAUCAAAGGGCUAAGUUUACAUAAUUAUAAGCAAUACAAGUAUAUUGGUAUUUAUCAGUGUUUUUAUUCAAGUACUUUUUAUCAGCAAAUUUUUUUUAAAAACCAAAGAUAUUUAAAGUUACUUCCACAUAUAGGCAAAUUUAGUUGUACAUUAAACUUUUGUUUCUUGUUUUUAUGUCGGCCAAACUUGUCUCUCCAGAGCCCAGUCUGUAUACAAAUAGCGUACAUUGGGACUUUCCAUUAAAUCUGCUGAUUCAGCCACAGGAUGUUUUUGCCAAAUGAUGUGAUACUUUCCUAAGCACCUUGAGUGUGAAAUGUCAACAGAAAUAUCAGCAGACUUUUGCAUUCCAGAGCACAUGGCAACCCCUGAAUUAGCCUGUGCAGUCUUCUACUUAAAGCAUUACCUGGUUAACUCAGGAGGCUUGAGGUAGUUGCCUGAAGACCAGGGAUGUCUCUCUGGGGAGGAGUGGGAUUUAACAAGCAAACAAGUCAUACUACUGUUUAAGACAGAUGUGCUCUUUAAAGUUGUCCAUAGAUUGAGAAAUUUUAAUUGCAUCCUGGGAGACUGGUAUUUCAAACCUUAGUGGAACCUUGGAUAAAACAAAAAUCUUUUUUAUGAAAUAUGGGAUUUUGUACUUUUAUUUGCCUAAAAAUAAGGACACAACUUUACCCACUAAAUGGCUUUAAAAAAUCAGCUUUGGCACAUGGUGAAAUUAGAUCCUCGGUGAAAGCCUUUUAUUUGCCUUUGCUUCAAACAAGAACAGUGCCAACAUGAGGAACGAUGACAGUGAUUUCCAUUAGUUUGUUUUGGUUCAGUGAAGUUUCUGCCAGAAACUUGCUCAUGUUGAUGGCUCAGAGUCAUUGUUCAAGUCCACAUGAAGACACUUUUGGAAACAUUUCAGUGUCGUGAAAGGAAGAAAUUGAAAGGAUCUUUUUUCCUUUCAUGUGAGAAUAUCCAGAUGUGGUUCUUCUCCAAUAGUGGCUGUAGUGAUUUACAUAUUAUACAUUGAUAUUUCACUGAAUGUAAAUUUUAAAUACUGAAUGUAAAAAAAAGUUCCAGCAAUAUUGAAAGAGUCAUGAUCUUUCUAAGACUAAACAUGCAUUUUGUAGUAGACUUUGUCCCUGACAACUUGCCACAUGGGUCUCUGGUAAAAGUGCUUUGGUUUAAUACUCAAAUGAAUUUUUGUAAACUGUGAUCACAGAGUAGAGGGUUCUGGAGAUCACCAGAUACAACCAGUUGUCUGUGAAUUUUAUUGGUGUUUAGAAGAACAUACACAUGGAAUUCUGUGUUAAGUUGAUUUAUGCUCAGGACAUAAGAUCACAGGCUAAUGCAAUGUGUAUGUUGGCAGGCUUUAAUGUUCUCAGGCAGUUUCCCUUUUUAAGCCUUUGAAGGUGUUUAAGAUUAACAUGACAGUCUUGCAUUUUUCCAGACAGACAGAUUCUCUGUUAUUUUCUUAAUGCUGCUAUAACAAAUUACCACAAAUUUAGUGGACUUAAAACAAUACAAAUUUAUUAUCUUACAGUUCUGAAGGUCAGAAGUCUGACAUAAGGCUCAUAGGAUAAAAUUCAAGUUUGUUUCCAAGUCUCUUC